AUGGCGCGCGCCGCUGUCAUCCCUCCCUCGCCUGCGAAACGCGCGCCUCGUGUGUCCAAGUCUACGACGAAAACCACCGCCAAUGCGAAGAAAGGAGCUCCGCGCAAACCGACAACAACGACACGCGACAUUGUUGACCAGGACUCGAGCGACACGGACGAUGAACUCGGUCUGAUAACUACGACCACCACCGCCAAACAAGGCAGGGAGGUCAAGCCUACGAAACCGCGGGGGCGCCCGCCCGGUCGGCCCAAGAAGGCUGAUGCUUCCAUGCCUGUGCGGGAGGAGUCGAGCGACGACGAUGACGGAGAGGAGGAUGAGCUCGCUCCUGUGCAAGAGGCGCCGAAGAAGCGUGGGCGGCCGAGAAAGAAUCCGCUUCCUGUUGAGAGUGCUGCCAAAGCCCAGACAGCGCCGAGGCCCCGUGGACGGCCACCGAAGAAUGCUGCGGCUACAACUACAACUGCGGCUACGCGGAAGAAGACACGGGCUGCUGCUGAAGCGGAUGCCUCUGCCGAUGACACGCAACCCAACCAUAUUUUUGUGGCGACCAAUUCGACUACCAUGCGCUCGAAUCUUUUGCGCGGGCCCGCUAAAAAGAAGACUGUUACUUUCCAGGAUGUUUCUGCCUCCGAAGAGUCUGACGAUGAGAAUUUCUCUGCCCCUACUGCUGGGCGAAAGAGGGGUGCUACUCGUGCUGCGAAGACGGGUCUUGCGGGCACGCCGGCUCGCAAACCUGCCGCCAGGGGUCGAAAGCCCGCCGCGGCCAAGAAGGGUGUUACUGCUUCCAAGCCAUUGACCCCCAAGAAAGCCAAGCAGAUGUCCAAUUUGAUGACGGACUAUACAAGUACCGACGGGGAAGAGGAUGAGCUGAAUGCUGUCAAGGACCCUAUGAAGAAACACAUCAAGCUUGUCAUCCAUUCGCCUGUCAAGCACGCCUCAGACAAUCCGGGAUUGAUGUCGCCUGUGCGAAGAGUCAACUUUACCCCGAAGAAAGCUUCCAGUUUUAUUGACGAGAACGGCGAACCUAAACAACCCACCCCGAAACAUGGAUCAGAGUCCACCACCGGCCUCAGCUCGCCGGUGCGGAAGAUCAACUUCACUCCCAAUCGCACCCACAACCCUGUUCCGGAGCAUGGACACCUUGCCCUUCCACCAGGCAAGUCGAUCGACUUCAGUGACUCGAUUAUGAUGUCCAGUCCUGCCCGGCGGCCUCCCGCCUCGCCUUUCCAGUACAGCUUUAAAGAUACCCCGAACCGUGGCCGUGCUGGCUCCCGUGAUGAGAUGGGUCCUCCUUCGACCUUUGAUUUUACACCGGGACGGUCCUCGCCUCUCAAGAUGUCUCCGCGUAAGGGUCACCUGGGAGCGUCGUUCUCGCAAUCAUCAUUCAAGGCUAGCACACCAGCGCCCUCACUUCCGGCUAAGACGUCCUUGUUCCAAAGCCCGGCGAAGAGAGUACCAUCCCCUUUCAAGGGCUCCAUGACCCGCUCCAUGUCCCCCGCAAAAACGGCGGCAAAGGGUCUUCCACCUCUGGAGGACGAUGUUUUCAUUGAUAAGUCGGAUACUUCGGAAACCCAGCGCCCUUUUUUGCCUCCUCAACAUAUACACUCGGAUGCUCCUACUGUCGACGAGGAUUACCAGAUGGUUGAGGAAGUUGCACGUGAUAUCUUUGGCAUCGAGCUUCGCUCGGACAGCAAGUCUUCUUCUUCUCCUGUGCAGGAAGGUAAGGCUACGGUUGAAGACGCGCUGGAUGAUGGAUCACAUGGCCAUGAUGAGAAUGACGCCGAGAAUGCGGAGGAUCUGGAGGAUCCUACCACCCAGCCAGAGCACGAAUUAGGCCGUCAUGCUCGGUAUGAGAUUGAUGAGGCUGAGACAAUCUGCUUUGACAAUAUGGAACAAGAAGAGUGCCUUUCUAAGAUUGAUGAGGAGGAAGACCUUCCAGAGACAAGCCCAGUCCGCAUCUCGAAGAGCCCAGCAUCAGUCCAGCGAGAACCGACGAGCGAGGCAGAUGCUGAGUCGAUUGCCAGUGUACGAUCACCAUACCAGCAGACUCUCGACUUCACUGAUGCUGAGGACUCUCCGACUGUUAUUCACCACUCUCGCCAGUCUCUUGGGCAGAGACAUGACCAGGACGAUGGGGAACUGGACGACAGCUAUCGUAUCAACAACUCUGUCCGCUAUCCCGAUGAAGAGCAUGAGGCCUCCAGCGAAAUGGACGCACAGGAUGGCGAUGAGGUCACGCUGGUGGGGUCAGAAGCAACAUGUACCCUGGCCUCUCAACCUGUUUCGCCAUACGAGAUUAACGAGGGCUCCAACUUCACCAGCCCGUUUGAGAGGAGCAUCCCUCCUUCGGCCCCGACUCCGCCAGAGGGUGAAACUCCCAUGUCGUCUCACCAGUUGGACACUCCCGACACCAACAGGAUCGAGUCUAACAUGAAGAAUUUGAAUUUUGGCUCUAAUGCCUACAGAGAUGUCGAAGACAGCCCUCUGGACGAGACUACCCAAUCUGAAUUCCCCACGCCAGCGGCACGUAUUUCAUCGACUAGACCAAGCAUCAUUGGACAGCGGAAGUCUCUCGGUGUCGACCUUGGGUUUACACCGCUGGCUCAGCAGUUCAACAGCUGGAAAUCGGACACUCCUUCGAAAGCCGGACCAGCGCGGCCCCGUCGACGUGGAGUGUUCUCGCUCGUUGGUCCUCUGGAAAAGGUUGCUACUACUGAAGCGACUCCUCGGAAGUCGGAAGGUGUGCCGCGAGCCUCGUUGGCGAAUACGCCGUCGUUGCUCGCCCAGCUUCCCCUUCAGCCUCGCAGUGAUGAUAGCUCCAUGUCGCCUGAGAAACCUCGAGAGCAAGUAUCUCCUCUUAAAGAACGUGAUAUGAUGGAGUCGCCAUCGCUGCACAAUGAUAUCUUUGAGGAUUUGCAGACUACAGCAAUCGAGACCCCCAAGAGUGUGCAAAUCCCAUUUCGAGGUGUGAUGCCCGUGAGCGAAAAUGCCGACGACCAAGUGGAUGACGCCCAGGAAGAAAACGAUAAGGAGAAUAGCCCUUCUCCCGCCCUUCCCCUGGCCACGCCGGUGAGGGCUGCACCCCACCAUAUGCAGACCUUCCACACCGUGUGCAAAGUCCCUCUGAAAGGAGAAGGACCAGAAUCGCCGCUGAAGCUGCCGCGGAAGAGAGGCCGGUCCCUGGAGGGCGCCUCUCCAAUUCGGUCUUCGCCCCGGUCCCGCAAUGCGAUCUUUCUUCCGCGAACUGAAAGUGCGUCUACUCUUUCUCCGCCGCACAAAUCGGCUCGCGUUGAGAGAAGCAUUAGUCCCCCGAAGCGCCGCAUCAGCACUCCUAGGCGGCCAAGUAUGCAACGUCCGUCUAUAGGGCCCUCUCGGGCUUCCUCUGUCGCUGGCAGUCCUGGGAAGACACCCAGACGCAGCAGCGUCCGACCAUUUUCCAUGGAGCCACCUCCAGUACCGUCGUCUGUGGCCAGCUCUCCUGAGAAAACCCCGCGUCCAAACUUUGGCGCCAGCAAACCCGUUCUCCGUGGCGCCGUCGUGCAUGUCGAUGUCCAUACCACCGAGGGAGAGGAUGCAUCGGGCAUCUUCGUAGAGCUUCUGCAGCAAAUGGGGGCUCGAUGUGUCAAGACUUGGACGUGGAACCCGCGAUCCAGUAUGUCGCCCGUGGAUGGAGUCGAGCCCAGCGCCAAGGUGGGAAUCACCCACGUCGUCUACAAGGAUGGAGGUCUCCGGACGAUGGAGAAAGUCAAGCACGCCGCUGGCCUUGUCAAGUGUGUGGGUGUUGGCUGGGUUCUUGACUGUGAGCGAGAGAGCCAGUGGCUGGACGAGACUCCGUACGCUGUUGACAGCACCAUCAUCCCUCGCGGAGGUGCCAAGCGCCGCAAGAGCAUGCAGCCGCGUGCUCUGAGCAAUGUGAACGGCACGCUCGUCCGCGUCUCGGAACCUGCCACCCCCUCCGCCAGCGGCCGCCGCUGCGGCGCCGACUGGGGCGCAAUGGAAGGAUUCCGAAAUCUCACGCCCCCGACUCCCCGACAGGGGUCACCAUCUACCCCUACUCAAGAAUCUUUUGCUGGCGGUGAUGAUGACGACCAUUACCGUGUCCCCGAGACACCGGGGUACAAUUUCGCCAACCUCGACGCCAUCGGGAUGUCGCCCGCAACACCGUUCUACCUCUCCAAUCGGGCCAAACUUGUUCAGCAGUCCUGCCCGCCGAAGCAGAGCAAUCAAGGUCUAUUCGCUGGAUCCAGCAAGCCAUCAUCGAAUAUCUUCCAAAUUGAGGAAGACGAUGAAGAGGCGCGACGUCAGAAGCGGUUUCAGAUGGAGGCUGCGCGACGGAAGAGCUUAGCCUUUAAGCCGCAGGUUGGGAGUCCCCUAGGG